AUGCGGCAGCGCUGUCGGCUCUCCCCGGGCGGCGGCGCUGCGCCCCGGCUUGCAGCCUUCGUGACAUGCGGCAGCUCCACCUGCCGCGCCGACUCUUUCCCCGCGGGCUGCUCGCGAUCCGCCGCGGGGCUGCCCUGCCCGGAGCCGCCGCAGGGUGAGGCCGCCGCCGCCGCCGCCGCCGCCGCCGGCGGAGCGCCGGUCCCGCAAGCCGCAGCCUGGACGGAGGUCACCUUGCGGCCGCCGCUUGGCCCGGAGGUAAGUCCCGGGAGGGAAGACGGGGGGAGAUGGAGCCCGCGUCCGUCCCGCCUCUGCCCCGAAGCCUCGCGGGGGGGGGGGGGCGACGCCUUCCCCUUCUCCCGCGGCUCCGAAGUGGCGCAGCGCUGCGGGGAAGGACCCUCGACGGAAGGGCUCCGGCUGCUGCCCGCGGGAGCGCAGGCUGAGUCGGGCGCCGGGUCCUCCGACGGCAGCGCGAAGUCGGCAGCCCCGGUCUUUCGGCAUGUGCGCGCCCUCGCGCUCGCCCGGCCUCCGCGCGGUUUCGCGAGCCGAGCUCCCCCGAGCCGCGUUGGGCAUUGCUGCCCUGGGAGACGCCGAGAAGGGGUCCCUUGGGACAAAUCCAGUCCGGCAAUUCCCCACCUGUGAAUCUGGGCUGGCCAGGGUCAUCUAGUCCAGCCCCCUGCAACGCUCCGCCUGGGGCUCGAACCCGCCACCCCGAGAUAAGAGCCUCCUGCACGGGCGCGUCGGGAGCCCCAUCGCCGGACGCGUCCCCGGGUGUCCGGCCGGCAGAGAGGCGCCUCCGCGGAAGAGAGGCUGCCACUGGCCGGCUGCCUCGGGCGGAGAACUGCCCGUCGCCCGCGCUCAGCUCCGCCACCGUUUCCAGGGAUUUCUCCCCAAGGGACGUGCUCGGGAACUGCUCUCUGCUUCCUUCCCGAAGGGGGAAGAUUUAUGGGGAGAUGCUAAAGGAAGUCCCUUGGGCUUAGAAUGCAGAAGAAACUUCUGUGAAAACGACGAACACCACAUUCUUAUGCAAGUCUACUCUGAAGUAAGUCCCAAUGAAUUCAGUGGGCCUUACUCCCAGGUUGAAACUUAUUAGAGCAGCAAUAAUAAUAAUAAUAAUAAUAAUAAGUACCACACCCUUCUGGCUGGGUUGCCCCAGCCACUCUGGCUUCCAACUCAUAUACAGUAAAAACAUAAUAAAACAUCAAACAUUAAUAGCAACAAUCUGAUCCAAUAUAAAACAGUCACAACAAUUUAAAAAUAAACAACUUAUAUCAAAUAAAGCAAUAUUCAAUAAUCCAUUAGAAUCUAAUAGUAAACAGUAAAAUUAAACAUCAGCAAAUAAUAAUUAAUUUGUUUACACUUAUCAAUUACAAUAAUUACUAAUCUAUAAUCAAUAAAGGAGAUCAUGUAUUUAUUCUUCCAGUUCAUCAAUAUAAAUUUCUUGGCUACCAUUAGAGCGUGUAAAAUCCAUUUUCGUUGUCCAGUGGUUAAGUUCCAUACAGUAGGUAUAUAGUACAGCAGAAUAUUCUUUUUCUGAAAAUUUUAGUUAAAGGCAUAAUCUCCUUUAAUCAGUGGAUUGAUAAUAUGAACUUGCAAUUUAUGAAUGGACUGCUUACAGACAUAGACUCUGCUUGGAUAAAGUGAUGAAAUUGAGAAACAAGGACACACAAAUUAUUCUUAAAAUUAAAAAAAUAUAUCCCUGAACUCCUCUCUUCCCAGCUGCGCCUGCCUGCUGUUCUCAAAGUCGUGGUCUGAGGAAGACUCCCAGGCCUGGAGGGGGCGCAAGGCAGGUGGAAAGAGCCAUUGCCUGAGAUGGCCAGCAGAAAGUCCCUCUCCCCUCACGUAAAAGUGCAGCUAUUUGUAAGCUCCACUGAAUUUUGGAAGUCCCACAAAAUUCAAUGGAACCUGGAAGUAAGUAGAGGUCUAUAGGAUUGUGUGGGUGAAACUGCUGUUUAUUUCCAAUUAAAAAUGGAUCCAAUGCAUUACUGCAGUAAUUCUUCCGCUGUGGUCCACGGGCCACCAGUGCUCUAUGGCGUUCCUUCAGGUGGUCCCCAUAACCACAGCGACAGUAAUUCAGAAAAGCUUCUAAACUGUAUUUCCAGGACAAAUGGUGAUACCGUAAAUGUCAAAUUGUAACUCUUUCUUCUGCACUUUAAUGCAUCUACACUGAAAGUGCAGAGAAGGAAAUGGAGAAAUAAAUAGAUGCCAAAAUGUCUUGACUGAAAAAAGACUCAGUGACACUGACCAAACUGUGGUUCACACCUGUUCUAGCAUGGUAACCCAGAACCCCAAAUUUACCUGAUAUAGUGACACUGAUUUAUUGUCACGUGAAUUCUGGACCUUAGGUCUCCAGCCACUGUCGGUUUCAUGCAUUUUCACUGUAGGUUUGCCUAUUUUUUAUAACUAAUUCUUGAGAUUCUUGAGACAACCAAGUAAAAUUUUUACAUAAUGCUCCUGUUAAUGUGGAAUUUGUUGAAAUAUUUAUAGUAUUUACAAAAGUUAUUCACAGUUUUUCUUAAUGGAAAUGGAAGAACACCAAUUAUCUGAAUGCAAGAUAUUGCUUCAUAAGGUUAUAAAUACUUUUCCUGAAUACAUACAGGUUACACAAGCAGUGUUCAAUAUAACAACCUGAAUAAUUUUAGUAGUUUUAUUCAGGAUGAAGCCCAUUUUGGCAAGUAUCAGUGGGAUGUCAGAGUUUGCAUUUUCCCAAAAGUAGGUCAAUGUGGGGUGUGAUGAUUGUUACACAUAGUCUCAGAUCAUUAUUGUAGGGUUGCCAUAUUUCAAAAGGUAAAAACCAGGACACCCCAAAAAUUGUUGAGAUGCGUUGUUUUUACAAUAAUGCCAAAAAAAUGCAGUUUUCCAAUUGACUUGCCUAAGAUCCAGGACAAAGGGCCACACUUCAGAAAUCCCCCCCCCCGGAUGUCAAUUCCACCUUUGUAAUCCUGGUAAUGUCUGGCAAAAUCCAGAUGUAUGGCAGCCCCACAUUAUUAAUACAUUGCUAAAAAACCUGUCUCAGAGACAGGUUUUUGAAAAAACUCUCAGGCAGAGCUACAGCUGGGGGGGUGGGGGCUAACCACAGGGGCGUCACUGAGGCUCCCAGCCUGUGUAUGUACAGAAAUGCACGGGGGCGGGGGGGGGGGAGUGCCAAUCUGGGUUUUUGACCUGGGUGAAAUAAAACCUAGCAGUAGUUUCACCGCUGCACCUGAGCUUAUAUUGAUUCAUCAGCAAGCUCAGGAUAAUACUAGAGUAAUUUUAAUGGCAUGAAGCCAAAAUUUGAAUAGCCUAACUUCCAAAAAAUUAUCUUCAAGGGUCCUGUCACAUGACAAUUCAAUUAGCUGUUGUUCUUUUUGUGCAGACACAUUGAGCAAUAACAUCCAUUCAGUACUGGAUGCAGGCACCUUUGGGGGGGGGCUGUAUACCCCCAUGCCGUCACUGUUUGUCACUAAAGCACAUUCUGCUGAAGCAGAAAUAAUCCACGUGAUGCCAAAGUGCACUUCUCAGUUUAAUUCUUAUUAAUUUUCCAAACAAAUGUUCUAUAUAAUUCGGAAGCCAUUUCUGCUGCAACACACAGGAGUCCAUAAUGUCAGAAAAACUGGAGGUCUGCAAUGAGCAAGCAAGAAUACAAUGAAGUUUAAGGUUUAAGUCUGAGCAAACCUCAAAUCGAUUGAGACUGACCUUUGCAGAGUUCACUACACAUCUAGCCUUUCACCGCCACCACCUUCAGAGCGAGGUAAUAAUAAACCUAUAUGGAUAGGAAGGAUAGGAACUAUUUAUCAUCACAAAUGCCAUAUUAGUUUUAUCAAUCUUUAAUUUGUGAUAAAAGUGGGCAUCUUCAGUUGCUUCAGGGCAAGGACACUUUCUAUCCAGAUAGUAGCUUGAUCAAGCGCAUUGCUUCUUAGGCGGCAUAUUUGGGGUCAUAAUGCCUCCUGGUGAUCUCUUUCCUCCCCUUAAACACCAGCUGAGGCCAUGGCAAGGAGCUGCGAAGCCAUAAAGAGUAGGUUUCCUUUGCAUUUGCAAUGCAGGCGGAAGCCCUUAUAGCAUGGCAGCAAAUCAGAAAGCGCCCCUUCAAAUCUUGCCUCUGCCAUAAUCGUGCUGGACACCCUUUGGCAAAUCCUCUCAGCCUCUGCUCCCCAGCCCUAGCUCAGUGGUGAUGAUAAGGGCUAAGGGUAAGGAUUGCUGUGAAUUACUUUUUGAGAGCUAAAAAAAAAGUGUUGUAUAAAUGCUUAUUAAUAGGUUGCAAGUAACCAGGGCUGUGUGAGGACAAGUAGAGUCACACAAAUAUACCCGUAUUUUUCGCUCUAUAACACGCACCCGACCAUAACACGCACAUAGUUUUUAGAGGAGGAAAACAAGAAAAAAAAUAUUCUAAAUGAAACAGUGGAUGUAUGAUUUUUGUGGUUCAUGCUGUGGCCACAGACAUGUGAUCUGAUGGUGAAUUUGGGGUGACCCAGUGCAAAAAUCCUGAGGAUCCAUGUGGAUCCAUGCUUUGAAACCACAUUUUAAGUGGGGAGGGAAGGAAAAGCACUCAAGGGACAAGGAACACACGUGGGGUGGGUGGAGAAGGAUGCUGCUAAUAAUGCAGAAGAGGGAUAUAAGAGGAGAAGCAAGCAGGCUCUGCUUCUCUCCCUCCUCCCCGGCUCACUGAAAAACUUUGCUGCUAUUUAGCCAGCUGAGUGGGGAGGAGAGAGGGACAGAGAGCCUGCUUGCUUUAAAGGAGCCAACCGGACAGGAGCCGCUUACACUCGUGUAAGCGGCUCAUCUCCUCUCCCGCUUUGCUCCUUUAAAGCAAGCAGGCUCUCUGUCCCUCUCUCCUCCCCACUCAGCGGCUCUUCUCCCGCUUUGCUGUUUCAAAGCGAGCCACGGAGGAGGGAAGGAAGGGGAACCAUGGAUCCUCUGCUCACGACUGCAGCAGAUCCCCCCGCCACCCGUAGGCAUUCGCUCCAUAACACGCACAGACAUUUCCCCUUACUUUCUAGGAGGAAAAAAGUGAGUGUUGUGGUGCAAAAAAUACGGUAAUUCUCCACUGCAGUCUCUCUCCCUGCACCCAAGAGCCUCUCCUAAGAGUUAGGAAAGGGGUGGGAUGGGAAAACCAAGCAAGCAGAUGCACAGAGAGGCAUUCCAGACCUUUCCUGAGCUCCCCACCCAGAGAAAGGUGUUGUUUUUGGGGAGCAUGCAGGAGCUUGCAGUGUGGAGGAGGUGAGGAAUUCCCCUUGAGUGACCGUUCUCCAGGAGUGUUGCAUUAGAUAAAUCCAUUACCUUAUUUUAUUGUGUGCUUUUGUAGCAAACAGCAUUCUAAUGCAUUAAUGAUUGCAAACAGAGGCAAAGGCUGUUUUUUUAAAUAUAGAUUUAAUUAACAUGAAGCACAAGAGCUUGAUUUUGUGCCCACAGAGUUUGAGUGAGUCUGUCUGUGGAAACAUGCAAAACUGCAGCUUCUGCUCAUGGUGAACGUUUCGCCCAACCUGUUUGCCAUAUGGGGAGAGCCGUGUGGCGCUGAGCAUGAGCAUCAGCGUUAACUCUCAGUAGUCUGUUUCUCAGGGCAGAAGGUGACAGAGUAGAUUCACACAUAACUCUGCUAAUGAGGAAAAUGCAUGUAUUUCAGACCUUGCUUUACUUGUUUUAGAAUCCUGUGGAAGCUUAAACGUUGGCAGAAACUGUGGAGUUGCAAUACUAUCCAUCAAGAUUUCAGGGGAUAUCCAGCAAAGGAUUUACAUUGGUUUACCAAUGUCAGACUAUCUGUGAUAUCAACAACAGUUUGCAAAUUACGUACUGUUAAUUACAUAAAUAUCACUGUCUGUACUUGACUGCAUUUCAUUGCCCUCUGGCCAUAGCUUCAUGCAUCUGCUGAAGUGCCUGUAGUCCACAAAGCUUAUGACGCAAGGCUCUGUCCUGUUUGCUGCAGCAGGCUAACUGUGCUACUCCUCUGUAAAUCUUCCACCAGAGGCCAAUAAAGAGAUCAGGAAUGAGAUGCUCCCAAGAUUGGUUUAAAUUGUCACAUGUUUUGAACAGCAAGUGAGAAACCUCUUCUUGUGAUAUGGCACCUAGCUUAAAAAAAACAAGCUAAUGAAGAGAAAAUAGCUGAUAUACCCUGGUAAACGAAGUAUGAAUGGUUCCUAUUCUGCUACUUAAGACAUGAAUGGGUUAGGUCUUCUUGUAUCUCUGGUGGUGCAACAGAGUUUGUUCCCUUCUACAGGCAAAACAAGUACGUGUUUCCUCACUCUGAAGGUUAACAGGCAAACCAGCUUUUGCAUUGCAGUCUCAAAGCGCACGGUGCAUGCCGAUAGCUGGGUGUGAACAAUUUAGGGUUGCCACGUUUUCGGAAGCGGGAUCCUGGACUAGAUGAACUAGAUGAUGCAGCAGAAUCCUUACCUCUCCAUUUGGGAUAUCCGUCCUCUUCCACUGAGCUCACUGCUUUGGGAGAGGAGGAGCACACUGAGUGGUGAGGGAGUCAGGGGACUCCUGGCAAGUCAGCCAGAUCAACCCUGGCAAUCAGUGGGGUAACCAAUGUUGCAGCCAGUCACCCUCACUAUCUUUGAUAGGAGGAGCAUAAUGCAUGUGACUGACUAGUGGUAGCUGUGUUCGUCUGCACUGUUUUUGGUCAUGUCUGCAGGUUCAGAAACCAGUUUAGAAUUCAAUGGCAAUUUGCAAACUUAGCUUCUUAAAUUAAUGUAGUAAAGUGUGACUACAAGACAGAUUGUCAUUUACAUAUUAUAAUUAGAUGCUAUGUUCUCAUAUGCUUAUCUCAAGGAGGAAUAAAAAAUUAAUUCAGAAGAUAAUUUUAAAACCUAAAACCAGGAAUUAUCAUACAUUAGAAUUUGCUUUGGUAUAUUUGUUGUACUUUGUUUACACUGUGCUACUCAGCCAAAAGGUUCUUGUUGUGGCAGCUAACUCACAAGUUAAAACCCAUCAAAAAAUAAAUAAAACAGAGAGGGGUCAUUGGUGCACAAUUGGACUGUGGUCGAAUUACUCCAGUGCAGGGUACUUGGGCUUGCCUUGGGAGAAGAAACAGAAAUUUCAGCUGCCCUCAAACACAGCUUCUUCUUCUUUAGCGAUCACUCGUAGCCAAGUAAGAUUUUCUUCCAUAAACACAGUCUUAACAGUGAGUCUGUAAGUGACUGUGGAGCCAAUUCUGGAUCCACAUGACCUUCCACAAUGGGGACAUAGGUUUCCGGGUUGGAGUUGAUCACGGUGAGGGUUUGCCAAGCGUGCCUUCCUCUUAGCAUGUUUCUCCCUUUCAUCCUGAGUUCAAGCGUCUUCAGAGUCCAUGACACCUUUGGUAAAGGCUGUUCUCCAGUUGGAGCGCUCACAGGCCACUGUUUCCCAAUUGUCAGUGUUUAUACUACAUUUUUUUAGAUUUGCCUUGAGAGAGUCUUUAAACCUCUUUUGUUGACCAUCAGCAUUACACUUUCCAUUUUUAAGUUUGGAAUAGAUUGUGAUGUCACAUAGAGGAGGGAGAAAGGUUGUUUUCUGCUGCUCCAGAGAAGCGGACACGGAGCAAUGGAUCCAAACUACAAGAAAGAAGAUUCCACCUAAACAUUAGGAAGAACUUCCUGACAGUAAGAGCUGUUGGACAGUGGAAUUUGCUGCCAAGGAGUGUGGUGGAGUCUCCUUCUUUGGAGGUCUUUAAGCAGAGGCUUGACAACCAUAUGUCAGGAGUGCUCUGAUGGUGUUUCCUGCUUGGCAGGGGGUUGGACUCGAUGGCCCUUGUGGUCUCUUCCAACUCUAUGAUUCUAUGAUUCUAUGAGUUGCCUUCAAAAACAAAAAUCAGGCAUCCAAACAACAUGACCGGUCCAGCGAAGUUGAUGUUCAAGAACCAUUGCUUUAACACUGGUGAUCUUUGCUUCUUCCAAUACACUGAUAUUAGUUCGCCUGCCUUCUCGAGUGAGUGAGUAAAAAAAAUAUUCAGAGACACUGUUGAUGGAAUCUUUCGAGGAAUUGGAGAUGACAUUUAUAAGUGGUCCAUGUUUCACAAGCAGACAGUAAGGUUGGCAGUACAAUAACUUUGUAAACAAGCAUUUUGGUUUCCCUGCAAAUGUUCCAAUCCUCAAAUACUCUGCACUUCAGUUGGGAUGGGCUGCAUUCAUAGAGCUCAGGCGAUGCUGGAUUUCAGCAUCAAUGUAGCCCCUUGUGGAAAGAUAACUGCCCAGGUAGGAGAAGUGAUCAGCACUUUCUAACAUUACACCAUCGAGUUGGAUUUGUGGCACUGCAGAGGGGUUCUUUUGUGCUUGUUGGUACAGCACUUAGGUUUUUUGGAUAUUGAGCAAUAGGCAUUUUUUUCUGUAAGCAUCUGCGAAGAUAUUUAGGAUGGUUUGGAGGUCACCCUCUGAGUGUGCGCACACUACAUUUUCCUCAGCAUAUUGAAGCUCUAUGACAGAAGUUAUGGUAACCUUAUUCUUUGCUUUCAGCCUGCUUGGAUUAAAGAGCUUUUCAUCUGUUCGAGAUAUGAUUUCUACUCUGGUGGGGAGUUUCCCUUCGUCAAAGUGUAGGAUCAUGGCAAUGAAAAAAAUAGAGGCAAUAACACAACCCUGUUUAACACCUGAUUCCACUGUGAAUGGUCACUUUGAGAGCCACUGUUAUCUGCAAUUAUUGCUGUCAUAUUAUCAUGGAGGAGCCGAAGGAUGUUCACAAGUUUAUCUGGGCAGCCAAUUUUCAGAAGGGCAUUCCACAGGGCAUUACGAUUUAUAGUGUCAAGUCAGGUCAAUAAACACCAUAUACAAGGCUUGGUUUUGCUCUCUGCAUUUUGCUUGAAGCUGUCGCGCGGUGAAAAUCAUGUCCACUGUUCCCCUAUAAGGUCAAAACCAUUUUGGGAUUCAGGAAGGGUAGCCUUGGAUAUUGUUAAGAGACGGUUUGCUAAGAUCUUUAUAAGAAUUUUACGAGCCUCAGCUAAUAAAGAGAUGCCUUGAUAGUUUCCGUAACCUGCUUGAUCAUCUUUUUUAAAAAGAUUGAUAAUUUUGACACCCCUAAAGUCUGCUAGGAUUUCUGUCUCCAAGAUUUUUUUGAUGGGAUUGUGAAGUUGUUGUGUAAGUUAAAUUCCACCCACUUUGAAGACUUUGGCAGGUAUUUCACCAGGUCUCUGGCUUUGUUGUUUUUCAUUUGGUUAAUAGCUGUACACAACUCUCCCAGAUUUGGAGAUACUGCAAGCUCAUCUCUAAUUUGUUUUUGCAGAAUUUGUGAGAACACCUCAGCAGCUACGGGGGAGUUGCGGUUAAGGAGACGCUGGUAAUGUUCUUUCCAGUGCAGUUCAAUAGCUUCUUUAUCUUUUAGAAAUGUGGUACCAUCUGUAGAGCAUAGGAAGCUUAUACCAUAAUUUAAUGGCCCAUAGAUGGUCUUUGUGGCUUUAAAGAAACUCUGUACAUCAUGAAUGUGGGCUCAGUGCUGGAUCUCUUGAGCAUUUUUUAUCCAACAUUUUUUAUUCUCUGGUUCUUCUUUGAACCUCAGCCUUAGCGUUGGCAUAGAUAUUUUUCUUAGUGGCGCAGUUUCUAUCUCUUUUCCAGAUCUGAAAUGCCUUCCUUUUCUUGUCAGUCAUUCAUUCAAUCCCACUGUCAUUCUCAUCAAACCAGUCCUGGUGUUUCUUGGUUUGGUAUCCAAUAGUUUGCUCACAGGCUGCAAUAAUAGAUGUUUCUAGCUUGGUGAGCUCCCGUUGCUCGGUCCCUGCUCCUGCCCACCGAGCAGUUUGAAAGCACAUCAAAGUGCAAGUAGAUAAAUAGGUACCACUCUGGUGGGAAGGUAAAUGGCGUUUCCGUGCACUGCUCUGGUUCGCCAGAAGCGGCUUAGUCCUGCUGGCCACAUGACCCGGAAGCUGUACGGCGGGUCCCUCGGCCAAUAAAGUGAGAUGAGCGCCACAACCCCAGAGUCAUCUGCAACUGGACCUAACAGCCAGGGGUCCCUUUACCUAGUGUUCCUCAGUGUUAUCAGGGAACUCCAAAAGCAGAUGGUCCUUAAGAGUCAUUUGGAAGCAAUCCUGCUUAAUAGGACCUUGAAGGGCUUGAGUGUUCAUUUUGCACCUUUGGGUCUGGUGCAUAGACAUGUAGGAACCCCAACAACCACUUUUUUUUGAAGUUUUUUAAGGAUAAGAGGCAAGAGGGCAGCGGUGGAAAGCAGAAUGGUGCUUCAAGAAAGCAACUGAAUAAUUUUAGAAAGUGAGAUUAGCCUAGGAGUUCAUGGCACAAACCUAGGGUUCUCUUCAAGCAAAGCAUCAUCUUGGAUGGUCACGGGGGAGGGGCAUAAGGGACAAAGCAAUAUUGGCAGCUUGGGCUCUGAUGGACAGGUGACUCACUGAGGUUGCACAUAGCACAGAAAAUGCCCGGGGCUGGAGGAAGAAGCAAGCAAGAUAGCAAAAGGAAGGAGAUGGGAGCUGUCAAAAUACCAGUUUGUGUAUUGGAAGGGAGAUGCAACCUCUUUAUAUGAUGGAGGACUAGUGAAGCUGGGUCAUAUAAAGGGACUGGUUCUGAGUAGGCCAGAAUCAUGUCCCAGUGCCAGCGCUAUCUUUAGGUGCCAGUUGCAGAUCUGUCUCUUGCUUCAGAUGUUUUGCAUGCUGUGGAGGUGGUCUCUGUGGUAAAAAGAAAAGCCGACAGACAGUUGACAUUUUAUCUGAUUUGAUGAGUGGGUACAGGACUUUGUUUGUGGAUUUGUAUGUUUGUUGUUACCCUUCCUAGUGUCUUGCGAUGGAGGGCGGGGUGCAAAUCUCACAAGUGAAUGAAUAGCUAAAGUACAGCAAUCCCACCCCAGGAAGGGCCAUAGGUGGUUUGUGCAGCAGGGAGAAGCUUGAGGUUGCCACUUCACCCUUCACUGCAGCACUGUGAUAAGAGUAGCAAGUUCUACAGAAUAUUUUUGGCCUCAUAUGUCAUUGGGACACAUUACCAGACAUGGUAUAAAAAUCUUUAUAGGAGUGUAUUCCCACCCACCCUGCACAUUUAGAGAAGGGUGAAAAAUACUGUCGCUGCAGAAAUUAAUGUCAAACAUACAUGGUUAAAACCUUUGUAUUUCAGGACUCUGUAAUGUUCCUGAGAAUCCCUUUUUUAUCUUGCUUGUGAAAGGAGAUUUUAAGCAUUAAGAUUAAUUCCUGUGUGAAAUGCAGCCCUGAUUUGCCUGAUAAAUCUGCAUUCGUUUUAUGUUCAGAGCAGGUUAUGCCAUUGUAGUGCCAAAUACAACAUGAAAAGGUUCUGCUAAAAAUAGUUUUUGCAAUUCUGGCUUGACUUUCCCUUCCCAUGCUAAUACAAGUGUGUAAACAUUUGUCAAUCAAAUGAAAUUGGGUGUUAGAACAUAGGAGACGUGGUGGGGGUAAAACGGCAGUCCCUCUUGACCAGGACUACUCAAAGUGGUGGUUCAUGAAUUGGGUAAUGGUCCACUGGCCAUUGGUUGUCAUUCCUCAGGGACACCCAAGGUUGGGGGGGGGGGGGGCUUCAGGGACCUCAUAUGGUACUGGUCCCUGGCACAUUGGCGUUGGCGGAAUUGCUAGUCCACCACAUCAGAUAGUUUGAGAAACGGGGGUCUAGACCAGGGGUCAGCAAGGUUUAUCUUGCCUGGGCUGGAUCGGUCCCACAGAGAUCCCUCCGUGGGCCGGAUCGCACGCUCACUCGCGAUUUUCAGCAUCUGCGCAUGCGCAGACACGAUUUCUGGCACCAUGGAAGCAAGUCCCCUGCCCCGCCGCGCUCUGCCGGUUUAGCGCAGCAUGUGAGUGGGCAGCUCAGUUGGGGGGCGGCUCGUGGGCCUGUCAGUCGACCUCCGUGGGCUGCUUCCGGCCCCUGGGCCUUAGGUUGGUGACCCCUGGUCUAGACCAUAUUGUCAUCUUGCAGAAGGGGGAGCAGGUGCUGAGUUUGAGUGAACACUAACUUACCUAAGUCCAUUUAGUGAUAAUUAUGUAAACCUUUUCCUGUUGUAAGCCUCCUUGAGCAUGUAUGGAAUAGAUGGCAUACAAAUAUAGUGAUGGUGAUGGUUAACAGCUCUGUCUCUUAGCCCUUUUACUACAGUAUCUUUUCAAUGCCGUGAGAAUCCUCUGUGGUGAAAUAAUUUUUAGCCCUAUCAUUUCCACACAAGAAGCAAAUUGCCCAGGAAAAGUGAUUUGUAAGGCCUAGGGAUGAAUGGGGCUUUUGUGCUAAUUUGUGGUUUAUUCCCUUUCUCAUGCCUCAGGAUAUAGGAUCUCUUCAUCCCAUGUGA